UGUUGACUUACAAUUGUUCAGCGAUCCUUGUCUUUUGUUGAAAGGGAGAUUAAAUUUCACUGCGUUUGAUAUUUCACACAUGUACUUCAGCAAAUAUAUAACUCUUUUACAACUGCAGUAAGUCAAGGUAAGUGGAAUCUGGAGCCUUCCUGCUUUCGAUCCCGCGCUCGAUCAACACUUCUGGUGAUUGAGUCACUAUUUUUCAGAGAUAAUAGUCCGUGCUUUUUAUAUAAAAUGACACAACAUAUCUUUUUAAAGAAAGAAUAUAAUGCAAAAUUUCUAUAGAUUUCUUCCCUGUGAAAUCCUCAGAGGAUUAUUACAAAUGCACAUAAAGAAAAAUACAAAUAUAUGCGUUUGCCUGAAAAUCUCGCUACGAAUAUUUUGAAAAUACUUUCAGUACAGUCCUCCGGCACUUCAAGACAGCAUAAACAUUUUUCCUUUUUUGGUUCCUUUUUGCAAAUUUUUGGUGUUUGCCACUGGUUAAAAAAAGCAUCACAUUUUUCUAUCGCAGCACUGUUAGUAAGCAAAGUUUCAUUUAUACCAGGAAUACAAACAAUUUAUUACCUUUUCCGUUCGUUUUGGCUGUUCGUUAUCUUACUCAAGCGAUAGUCAUUGCUUGUAUUCUCAGCAGGACUGCAAAUUUGUUUUUCUCGUAUUUUUUACCCAAGCGACGAUAAGAGGUGUCAGCAAAUUGUAGUCAUAAUCAUUUCAAUAAAAAUACCAGCCGGCCAGCCGCCAUUAGCGCUAAAAUAUAUGUUCUAAUGGAUCAUGUUCCUAACUCUUUAAGAUAAAAUCUUCGUUCACAGCCGGUAUCGUCUUAAUUUGCUAGUGAAGGUUUUAAUUAACUUGGAUUCGACUCUCCUGUUUUCUGCGUCCAGUGCGAAGUUUUCCCACCUUCAAGCUCUCUUUUCGCAUGAUUUAUGCCGAUAGCAGGAUUUGGAGAAUUCAAUAUGUAUAGAGUCACGAUUGGAUUCAUUGUAGUUCUGGUUUGCUUCGUUACCUUGCCUGCUGCUAGCUACUCAAGUCAUAAAUCGAAAUUAAUCCCUGGGACUCGUGAGAUCCGGCAAGAGCGACGAACGCGUGAAACCCGUCAGGCACAUUCUAGCGACACCAAAUGCCGAUACAAAAUAGCUCUUUUGGACGUGCCUCCAUAUAUAAUGAACACAGCUAGUAACAAGUCAAACAGAGGGUUUAUGUACGAACCGCUCAUGAAGUCUAUAAAUGACGAGUGUUUUGAUGAAGGAAAGUCAACGGAAUCUCAUCUGAACUGCUUCCUGGAUCCAAUCUUUGUAAGUGACUACGACGAGAUGAUCAAACUGAUUAAAGAAAAGCAAGUGGAUUUUGCUUUUCCUAUUCUGUCCGACAUGAAAGCUAAGCUGACGACUGAAACCAAUGUCACGCUCAUCCGAGCAUUUGUCUCAUCCGGGUGUUCAAUGAUAGUGAAUACAAAGUUAUGCGAGCAGGAUUCGCGGAAACAGUUGAUGACUUCCAUCACGUCACAGUGGCCGAUAUUGGCUUGUAUCAUACUUUUAUCAGGAAUAUCUGGGGUUAUCAUUUGGCUUUUUGAACAUAGAGAAAAUGAAGAGUAUUUUUCACCAUCUUUUGCAAUUGGAUCGCCUCAGGGGUUCUGGUGGGCAGUGGUAUCACUUACAACGGUAGGGUAUGGUGACAAAAUACCAAGGUCGAUUCCUGGACGGUUAUUUAGCAUAAUUUGGAUCCUUGUUGGAGCGAUAUUGUUAUCGCUGUUCACUGCCAUGGUCACAAAUGCUAUGAACACUGCUCUGGAUGGCUCAAAAUGCAAAGAUAUCAGCGGUAAAGAGGUUGGUUUGUUUAUCAAAAAUACUGAUACACAAAUUGUGGCAAAGCAGUUCGACGCGAAGAUAAUUGUGUUGAGAAGCCUGCAAGAGAUGCAAGAAAAACUCAGCGAAGGAACCAUUGGAAGAGUCCUUGUAGAUCGAAAUACUGCAUUUUACUUCCUCGAUAAAUCCGGACUGAAAAAGAACAGGCAGAUACGAAUGAUUCGCAAUAUCGAUUAUCCGAUGGAUUAUUACUUGGCGCAUGUAUACGCGGCACCAGUGAACGUUACAAAUGACACCGAUCCAGAAAUUGUCAAGAGAAAAAAAGUGGUGGAAUGUGGACCAGCAUUAAAGGAAUAUUCCACAGAUUUGCGCGUAGAAAGUAAAAAGGCCUCAGGUGCCCUGAUACCCGCAGAACUGCAGCUGCCUUAUUUGAUCAAAUGGAUGGUUUAUUCUCAAGUGGCUCAGAAAUAACCCGGUUUAUCUUAUUUAGUCUUCUUGGGAUAUUCCUCGGACUUGUCAUCAUCGGGGUAUUUUGGGAGGGCUUGAAUUCCUGUAAUCCCGCGAUUCUAAAGAGGAAAGAUAUGCACAAGUGUGACCGAGGAAGCGAGGAAGAUCAUCCAGGCCACUUUAACAGGAAGAAAUUCGUGGUGGAGAAUUUUCAGGGUUUUGAAAAUAGACUCAAAGAAUUAUCCAACGACUUGCAGAAGAUUAAAAAAGACUUUGCUAAAGCUCUCUUAAUCCAGGAAAGUGAUGCACCUCAUGAAACACUGCUGCAAUAAGGCGAGAAAUUGUAACGUUUAAAUAGCUUUAUCUUAUUUUAGCUCAUUCCUAUGAGCUGAGUUUGUAAAUUAUUAGUAAUAACAUUGUAUCUAUAGGUUCUUCUGCACGAGAGAAUUCAUUGUUAUGUCAUUUAUCACAUUUUGACAGCCACCAAACUCUGUCCCCCAAUCUGUAGUAAUACUCCUCUUUAUGCUAAAGUGAAACCGGGAUAAGUUCCGGCUGAGUGGGUCACUUGGCUCGACGAUGGAGCCAAGGAAGGCCAGUUUUAAUCUUGUAAAAUUACCGUAUGGCUGUAUCCCAAACAAAAUCAAGUGUUGUCUCUCAUGAUCGAUAAUUUGUACAUAGAGGAGUUACCUUCUGAGAGUUGAAAAACAAAACCAAAGUUAUUAAAGCAACCAAUCAGAAGAACAGUUUACAUUAUCAUAUGCCAAAGAGAGCUUAAAGUGAAAACAAGCAAACUGCUUCGAGAAAAGAAAAAGGGGAAUGAGCAAGUUGCAAAUGUAAUCUUGCAUCCGAUAGGUUGAGAGGAUGGCUCAAGUUUUCUGGGCCAAUCAACGAGCAGAGUUCAGCGAAAUUUAAGCAAUCGCGGAUGUCUUUUAUCAAUGAUCAAAUUCUACUUUUUCGACAGGCGUGUGGCAGUCUUUUAUAGUUGUUUAUAGUAUUUCAUUACUUAGAAUAAGAUUGUUUUAUUUUUACGCUAGUGAUAAGCUUGUAGAUUCUGUCUCUCGGGUUUCAAAAUAUUGUUUUACUAGGCACACUCUGUAAAGUGCUUUUGGACAUAUGGACAUAUGAAAAUGUGCGACAUAAAUGAUGAUGAUAAUGAAGAUAAUUACUAUUUUUGUUGUUAUAAGUUGGUCUCCUUAAGAUUACUUGAAAUUACUUGAAAAUUUCAUUAUUUAAAGGGUUUUUUCUAACCAAUACAUACUACUAUAUAUUCCAGUCCACUCUGCAGCUAAAUAAUUGUGUAAUAGCGGAGCUUGGAUUGCAUGUCGCGCUGCAGAGCCUCAUACCUUCAAAAAUGAUGGUAAUAUAAUUGUAACCCAUCGAACAGAGACAAUUUUAUAGUCAAGAAACAGUUUUUAUUUUACUUUGUACAGUACGUUUAUUUAUCAGACUUAUAAUCUGGUCUGUAUCAUAAACCUUUCCAUUCCAAUGUUUUGGUAGAAGCUAUUAUAUGUGUGUAUGUUUUACUGAUUCGGCUAUUUUCACGACACAAUUCAAAAGAAAUUAAAACUAAAGGUUGAGCCAAGACGGUAAAGUUUGGUUUGUAGCGUGCACAUACAUUGUAAACUAUCAUCUUAGUAUUAUCAAUAUAAAUUUUAAUUCACUAAAAUUCUUUUCCUACAUUAUAGUAUAAACUUGACUAAAUUAAAA